UAUAUAUAUAUAAAUGCCUCGGUUUAAAUGUCAGGACUCUCCCGAUUCCAGCAAGGAGGUGUGGAGCUACUUUGAGCUGGAUACCAGUGGAAAAAAACGCUCUAUAUUUUGAGUGACUGGUCUUGUAGCUACAGUAUUAAUAAGGGCUUUAAACUUUUUACUGCCUAUUUUUACUGAUAUGAUGCGAUUUUUGUUGUUUUUCACUGGUUUAAAGCUUGAUAUAUAUUAUAUUUAUAUAUUAUUAUAUAAAGAUUUGACCAUUCAGUUUACAGUGGGGUGAGAUAUAAAUGAUGGUCAAUUAUUGUCUAGUGAAACAUUAUUUCAACAUUGCGGAAUAGGCAUAAGAUUAUAAAUACAUAUAUAUAAAAAAAACAACUGGUUAAAAAGCAUUUCUCAUUUAAAUCCAUGUAGAUUUGAGAUUCAUUGGUGACCACUGCAACAAUAGAAGACAAAUCCAUUAAUUAAUCACUAAGGACUUUGUCUCUGUCCAGCAGAGAACUGUAUAAACACUAUAUAAACAGAGCAAAGCUGUUUUCCUCACCACAGCAUGAUUUCACUGCAUGAUUGCACUUUCACUGUUUCAGCUGUAGAUAACAAUGUUUUACUUACUAAGAUCUUCGUACCACUGCGGUAAAUAUUAGCAGGUUAUUUACACUAAAUAAUCACAUUUUCAGUGCUUUUCAGCUUCAUUACCUUAUGGAAUUUCAUGGAUUAUUUUACUAACGUUACAUAUAUAAGUCUGGAAGGUCAUAUAGAGCUGGAAAAGUACAGAUAUGUGUAUUUUCUCAUUUCUCUUGCAGUUUAUCUCCUGAUUAUUUGCUGUAAUUCUGUUGUAAUUUCUAUAAUAUUUGCAAACAAGUCUCUCCAUGAGCCGAUGUACAUAUUCAUUGCUGCUUUGCUCUGUAAUUCAGUUUGUGGUACGACUGCCUUGUAUCCUAAACUGCUGAUUGAUUUACUGUCUGAAAGGCAAGUUACCUCCCUUGAAGCCUGUGUGUUUCAGGCCUUUUUUAUUUAUACUUAUUUAGCAGCAGAGUUUACACUGUUAUCAGCUAUGGCCUAUGAUAGAUAUGUUUCUAUAUGUAAACCUUUACAAUAUGCAACUCUUGUAAAAAUGUCUACAGUUAGAAAACUCUUAUUUAUCUGCUGGUUUUGGCCUUCCUGUAAAAAUAGCAUAGGAGUAAUUUUAACAUACCAGCUUCGCCUGUGCCAGUUUAAAAUAAACAGAAUUUACUGUAAUAAUUAUGCCGUUGUUAAAUUAAGCUGUGGAGACACAACUGCAAAUAAUUUAUAUGGGCUGUAUAAUCUAACUGUAGUAGUGUUUCCACCAGUUAUCUUCAUAAUCUUCUCCUAUAUUAGAAUUUUAACAGUCUGUUUAAAGAAUUCAAAGGAUUUCAGAAGAAAAGCUCUGCAGACCUGCUUCCCUCAUCUUAUUAUAUUUAUCAGUUUCACCAUUACUACCUUUUUUGAAGUGAUUAACAGCAGAUUAGAAGGAAACGUUCCUCAUUUAUUUGCUAUGAUAAUGUCUAUGGAAAAUCUGGUUAUUCCUCCUCUGAUCAAUCCUGUUAUUUAUGGACUGAAAAUGCAGGAGAUUUUCAACAGGAUUAAGAAGAUGCUUCAGCUCCAAAAACGUAAAACGCACGUCUUUGUAAACUGAAAUAUAUGAACAUGCUUUCAUUAUUUAAUAAGAUAAUGUUUUUUAGCUGCUAUUCAUUUGUGUGUAACUCCUGAUUAGUAUGUUGGUAUCAGACUUUUAAACAGUUACAAAAAAAAAUUCAGUACAUAAAACUUUGCUGCAUUCAAGUCAAAUCAGUCACUGUUUUUUUUAAGAUGUGUUUUUCCUGAUGCUUUGAUCUACAAACAAAGUAGUUAUAUUAUGUUUUUUUUCUGGGUUUUUUAUAUGGUUACAAUGAUUGUUUUAUACUGCAACACUUUUGUUUUUAAAUGAUGUGUCUAAUGCGCACUGAUAGCAUAUCAGUUAAAAAAAAUCUUGUAUUUCUAAAAUUACAACUCUACAUCACAAUAAAUAAAUACAUUUUACUAAUGUAAAACAUCAAAUACAGCAAAGUGAAGAUGCAACUGCAGAUACAAGGUUUCUAUCCCUAGUCUCAGCUUUUCUUUUCUCUAGUUUUUACUGAAAUGGACAGAGCUGGCAGAUGUACCACUUAUUUAAAUGUAUAAAUAUAAUGUAUUUUUAAGUAAAUGCACUAAAAUGAAUUCUCAAUAUGUUGCUUGCCAUCACGGACAAUGCAUCCCCUGCACACUACAGUGGUGAAACAGAAAAGCACGUUCAGUGGUAGAUUGCUGUAGCUGCGCUGUACUAAAGAAUGCUGUGUAAGAUCUUUUUCAUCCCACUGCAAUAAAACUCUUUUCUGUAGGUACAAUACUGAUCUCCUACUAUUUGAACUGUGAUGUUCAAAACAUACUGUCAUCCUAUUUUAUUAUUAUUAUUAUUAUUUGACCUGAUGUUGUUAACAAUAAUUACACUUAUCUAUUGUCCAACUGCAAUAAUACAUAUGCUGCUUCUGUAUAUAUUUUACAUAUCCACAUUAACCCUCCAAUUAUGUUACGGGUCAAAUUGACCCCUAACGUUUGAAGAUUUAGGAAAA